CACCCUCUCAGAUCCACACAUCGCACUCUCCUUCACACGUGUGAAAAAACAACUUCCUUUUUUUUUUCUCUGAUUUUAAAAACUUUCCCGAGAAAAAGAAAAAUGUCUGGGCGUGGUAAGGGAGGCAAGGGACUUGGAAAGGGAGGAGCCAAGAGGCACAGGAAGGUUCUCCGCGACAACAUCCAGGGAAUCACCAAGCCGGCGAUUCGUCGUUUAGCGAGAAGAGGCGGCGUGAAGCGUAUCAGCGGGUUGAUCUACGAGGAGACUCGCGGCGUUCUCAAGAUCUUUCUCGAGAAUGUGAUUCGCGACGCUGUGACUUACACUGAGCACGCGAGGAGGAAGACUGUGACGGCGAUGGAUGUUGUUUACGCGUUGAAGAGGCAGGGGAGGACUCUGUACGGGUUCGGCGGCUGAGGGGAUUGGAUUAGGGUUUUUGUAAAUCUCGUCUGGGUUGUUUUUAGGGUUUGUUAAGAGCUUUAAGCUGUUGUUAUGGUUUCUUUUCGAAUGUUUCGGUGAUCUGAAGUUAAUGAAAACGCUUUUAACAAA